AACAGUUAAGAUGUGUCUCCUCAAGCAGAAAAAGGAAGUCGCGGAGAACUCCAAGCAUAAUCCUUCCCAGAAUUCAGUAGGAUCAUCACCAAAGUCACCCACUGCCGCAUAUGCGAUGUUUAUGCAUCGCGAAGAGUUGAGACGCAAAAAAGUCCAUGCAUCGCGGGCUUCUGCCACCAAACUUCAUCUGACCAGCGAGCUUAUUGCCAGGACUAAGCUGAAUAUAAGGCAGUGCAGCAACGAGGAUCUGGAGAUUCUCGCAAGGGAGACGCUCUUCAAGAAGAAUCUGCAGAGACACUUGCACUAUCGGCGCAUGCAGAUCCAUCAAUGGUUGAUGAACAAGAAAAAACUGCAAGCCAAGAAGAAAAAGUGAAAGGAAAGAAACCGAAAUUUGUUAUCAUAAGAACAGCAAAAGUGAUUAUUUAAUAGUAAAUUUUAAUAUAUAAAUUAAUUAUAAGAUAAAUAAAAUAUGCAAAAAACA